AUGAAGUAUGACAUAAAAUACACCAAAGCUUGUUUUUUCUUUGUUGUAUUGCAGUUUCUGAGGCAGGUGAGUAGUAUGAUCAGUGGGGAAGGGGAGUGGGUGCUGAUCACAACGUUCCAUCUCCGUUUCAUCCGAAAACAUUCUCUUUCGCUCCAGUCAGCAGUGUACUUUGAUACAAUUUUCAGUCAGAAGACCUAAAAUAGACGCUUCAUAGGUCAUUAAACUCUUAUGUGUUUGUCUUCUUCUUUACGUUUUCCAUGUAUGCUUGGCUAAUUACACCCUCUUCAUCACAAAAUGUGAAGUUGAAUGUAUACUCACUCUACCUUUGUAAAUUGAGGGUGCUAGGACAUUGCCGGCUCUACCGCCUCUGAGUUUCAGUAAAAUAAUUAUUGUUCAUAGCUUUCACUUCAUAAAACACACUUUUCAUUUACGUACAUGGUUAUUCAUGGUAUACCAUAAUCAGGCCUUGGUCUGUCAUCAUAAUUGUCAUUAAAGAUUAAUGUAUGUAGGUUUAAAAUAGAGAAAUUUUAAGAACGCCAAUAACCUAAAAAAUCACCAUUUUUUGCUUUUGUGCCAUUUAUUUUGCAUGCCAUGUUAAACGGAAUAAUUUAUUGGCUAAAAAAUAGUUUAGCUCCAAGUUGCAAGUUGGUGUUUGCGUGUGUUAAAUCGUUUCAUUAGUUUCAAGUCGAUAAUUCUUUGCCUGCUUUGAAUGCUGGGCGUUUCGUUUCUGCUCUUUUAGGAUUUCAAAUUACCAGCGUGCGCCCAUGUUUAUUUUUGCCAAGCUUGAUGGGAAAUUAUGACGUGAUUGCGUGGUUGGACGUUUUAAAAAUACAGCAUUGCGUCAAUUUAGAUAUAUAAGUGCUUCUUAUAGUUUCUAAUUCGUAGUCCGGUUGAAAAUGUACAGUUGCAACGAGAAAUCUUCAUCUGUAGACUCCAUAUUGAAAUAUCUGACCGUGCAAUGACGUCAUAGAUUACCGUAAAGUAAACAUGGUAAUGCCCAAGUGAUUUAAACUGAAAACCGGACACUUCGUAUUCAAACCACUUACAGAGAUAUUGACUUAAAACCUCGGGACCAGUUCAAGAGAACCAUUAGGUCUACUUUAGAGCGUAAACUGCUUUUCAGCCAAGAUUUCCUUUGAUAAUGGUAACAAUUUUUUCUAGGUUAUGGGUGACAGCAGAGUAACCGGCACUUACAAACCAUUUCCACACCUGGGCCAAUUCAUAGAGCAAAUUUUUCCGGCUGAUUCCUACUCAGUUUCUCCCACCCUCCAUCGUUUAGCGAGUGAAGGAAAUGAGACUGAGCUCAUUGACUUGAUCAACAAUGGAGGUGACGUCAAUGAAGAGGACAAUGAUGGGUUCACAGCUCUUUAUCAUGCUGUAGAUGGAGGGCACGCAAAAGUUAUUGAAAUCUUAUUGCAAAAUGGUGCACACGUCAUUGGAAAACAUAGCCUUUUGCACAAUGUCCGAGAUUUAAAGUCUGCCCAAUUACUAUUUCAAGCUAAGGCUAACCUAAAUGGUCGUGAUAAAUUUGGAUACUCUCCAUUACAAACAGCAAUAAGGAAAGGCAAACACGAGCUUGUAGAAUUUUUCUUGUCAGUUGGUGCCGAUGUUCUAUAUACCAAUGCCAAGGGAGAGACUCCACUUCACACACUCUGUUCAUCAUUUAUGGAAAAGCCACACGACGAAAAACUAACUCAAAAACUGAUUGAAAUGGGAGCGAAUGUAAAUUCGAAAGAUUCCCAGGGCAGGUCGCCAUUACAUUUGGCUGUCAUGAAUUAUCACCUCGAGAAAGGACAAACAGUGAACAUUCUGAUAAAAGCUGGAGCAUCUGUAACAGAUUUAGAUCUGCAGGGAAUGAAUCCAAUUCAUCAUCUCGUCGAGGAAAACAGACCUCUUUCAGAAGAUGAUAACAAGUUGUUCUUAGAAUACAUCAAACUCCUAGUCAUUCAUGAUAGUGCAGCUAAUUCCAAGGAUGCCAUUGGUCAAACCGUCCUGCAUUUAGCAAUACCUGCGCGAGCGCCAUUGCAAGUUUUGGAAUACCUUGUACAAAAAGGAUGUGUACCCACCACUGUAGACGGUCGUAAACGCAGUUUACUGCAUUGUAUUGUAGACCGAGAUGGACAUGACGUCAUUGAUAUUUUAACCUUCUUAUUGGACAAGGAACUUGAUAUCAAUUGUCCUGAUACGUGGGGACAGACAGUCUUGCAUUAUGCUAUCGAGAAGGACAAGAAGGAACUUUUUAAAGCGUUAGUUGAACGUGGAGCAGACGUGAACGUGAAAGAUUCCGUAGGCAGACAACCAUUACAUAUUGCAGCGGAGAGGGGGUCUGACGUCAUUUGCAAUUCUCUAAUCAAACUAGGGGCAAAUAUCAACGCACAAGACAAAUAUCAGUCCACACCACUCCAUUUUGCAGCGUGGAGCAACAAGGCUUCUGUUGCAGAUGUUUUAAUCAAAGCAGGAUGUGAUGUUGAACUCCGCGAUGCAUGUGAACAAACAGCGGAAGAGCUGGCGAAAUUUUGGUCCAGUCUCGAUUUUCUGCAGAUAAUGCAUGACAAAGACGGAAGUUAUAAACUUGAAUUGGAACAACGAAAGAAACUGUUAGCAAAACAUGGCAGCGAGUUUUUGCAGCUUGAAACUUUUCAAGACAUCAUCAGUCCUAGCGAGGAAUCGUUACGAAUGUCGGGCACUUUGAAUGAAUAUUUAAACUGCUUAAUUUCCACACCGGGAAUAGGGACAGUUUUUGAAGAUCCCGAAGCGGGAGAAAUCCGGGAUGUUUUAGACAGAUUUGCGACAAAUGUGGUAAAGCGUAUAGCAGACAAUCAUCCAAAAAUGCGCUGUACUCUGUACCACGCAGGUAGUUCAUCAGAAGGAACCAAGACAAAAUAUCCAGAUGAGUUUGACUAUGUUGUCUGCCUCGAUGAACUGAGUGAAAAUAUUUAUCCAGAACAUGAAACCGAGGACAUUCGCGAAUUUGUUCAACUCUUUCCAGAUAGAGAAGCAAAUGACAAAGUAAAAGAGGUAUUAGAGAAGGGGGUAGAUUAUGAAGAAACUUCAUCAUCAGUGUCAAAUUACACUCAAAUCUUUCUGAAAAAUCACACAAGCUACGAGUACUCAGAGUUUACUGAAGACCUGGGACCGAAAGCGAUUUCAAAUUGCAUGAUGUUUAAUCUAUUCGCACAGCAACUAUCCAAUAUCGUUUUCGAUGAAAGGUUCCCAAAAGAUGAACGCUUGGUAAUAAAGGACGUCACCAAUGACCCCAAGUUCUUCCUUUUGUGGAAAGGAUCGAGAUAUAAAACUCUGGCAAUCGAAGUUGAUUUUGUCCCCGCAGUUCGUCUUCCUUCUUGGCCAGACAAUUUUCGAAUCCAGUCUCCACUCCUUGUUCCAGAUUUUUUACAGCUUCCCUGUCUCGCUGUUCCAAAACUGACGAGUCAAGACGAUGACGGACUUUGGAGAUGUUCUCUGUGUCUUGUUGAGACUGCUAUUAUGAAAAGAUGCCUUCAUCGAAUUCGAAAUAGCUACAUAGCUGCCAAGUCGCUGAUCAGCUCUGCUAUUUGUCCCUUUGUUAGCUUUGAGGAGUAUAGAGACGCGAAGAUGCAGUAUGUAAGUGAACAUGACAGUUUGUCUUCCGAUGAGGACCCUGUUCUGUUUGAAACCGUCGAAGGUAUUUUGCCAUCAUAUAUACUAAAAAUGGCCCUCUUCUACUCCAUAGAAGAAAAAGCAACGAAGGAUGGAGUGGAAACUGUCUUUCGUGAAUUCGAGCAAUACACUCAACGGUCAGAAAAUGCUUCGGAUGUUGCGUCGAGUGAAGAACCUGACCCAGAAAUAGUUAAGGACAUAUUCAUGAAAUGUAAUGAUUGGCUUUCGAAUUAG